UUAUGUAACGAGUUGCAAAAAGUUUAUUUUUUCAGCACGAGUCGUACAUUUAUCCGACGAGGCUUGCCGAGUUGGAUAAAUACGAAGAGUGCUGAAAAAAUUGAGUUUUGCAACGAGUUCCAUACAAAAUUUUAUGCAAUGUUUUUUUCAUAAUGCAACUCAUUUGGGUUGCAUAAUGUUCAUAAUGCAACUCAAAUGAGUUGCAUUAUGAACUUUAUACAACUAUUUUUCAUUAUACAACUCGUUUCAGUUGCAUAAUGAACCAGUACGGAAAAAAUGGCCAUUAUGAUACCAAAAUGAGUUAGAUAAAAUAUAAAUUAUGAUACUGAAUUGCAUAAAUAGUAUUUUUUGUGUAUACAAUAAUUAUAAUUGAUGUAUUGGACCGAUAUCAACUUACUUUUGAUUUUUUGAAGAGUCAGUUCGAAAAGUGUUUAUCAAAAUUUGACGUUUCUAAGAAAACAAAACUUUAACCGUUUUAAAUAUUUAUAAAAUAAGAUAUACUUUUUAUCCCCACACUCAGGAAAAUUGCCUCAUACUUAAUGGCAAAUAUCCAUGUGCCAAACCACAUCCAAAGUAUAUGCAACCAAUACCCGAAUAAGCAGGCAAAUUAGCACAUGAAUAGUAUGUGCUCUAAAUUGUAUGAGUCGCUGCUGUAUGGUGCCUCAUCAAAAGUAUGAGCCGCACUAAUGGAAAACAUUUGUUUACCCCCAUUGCAAAAAUCCAUGUCCCGGACACAUAGAAGGAAUGAAGAUUUUUUUCCCAGUGCACUCGACUACCUGAAGAGAAUUGGAAAAAAAGGUUACUUUUUCAACUUGUAUCAGUAUAUGAUGAUAUUAUGUAAUCAUGUAAUCUUGUUCUCUUGGGCAUUUGCUGUUCUGUCGAAUGAUACCGUUUGUUUGCUUAUCCAAGCAUAUGGUGUUUUCCGGGUUUCUAACUAUUCGGCUGACAGUCACGAGGUCGAAGGAAUAGCUUCCAUCUCGCACCAAAAAUACCCUCCACAUAGAUUUUCAGCGGCGAUGUAUUCACAUAUUUCCUUGAUUGAAAAAAAUCACUUUUAAUACUUGAUCAAUCAUGAAAUGCAAUUUUCUGCAUAUUUGUAAAUCAAAGCAUGCCCUGCAAAAAACGCAUAAUUUUAAUUGUUUUUAUUUUUGAAUAAAUGUCACCGAAACAAAAAAACGAUCUAGUAGACCAUGCCUAAAAUUUAUUUAAAAUCAGCUCAUUCUGUCAUCUUUUCUCGUUUUUGCAACAUGUGUGCUGCUGUUAUCCAUCCGGAGUUGCUAAAAAGUUCCCGCGGGAGGGACAUUUUGUCGUGGAAUGGCUAUCUCUACCAUAAAAAUAAACGAGUUGAAGCCAUGUACUACUGGGAGUGCAGCCUUCGCAAGCAUGCAAAAGAAGGCAUGCAAUCCUGUCCAGCACGGCUUGUAACGGAGCUCAUUAAAAAUGAGCACAAUGUCGUUUCCGGAAAUGCUUCAAGCCAUUCCCACGAAGCCGAUCCCAUUGCUGUGGAAGCUGUUCGGUUCAGAGAUGGGAUAAAACGUUCUGCUGCUGGAGAUAGUGGCCCACCGUCGCGGAUAAUUCAGAGGGCAGUAGCCAACGUUCCUACCGCCGUGCAACAUCGAUUGUCAUACGAUGCUCAACGGAAACUUGCCAAGCGGUCGAGACCAGCAUCAGAACCUGAGCCGGAUACAAUUGAUAAAUUUGAAGUUCCGGGUCAGCUACGACUUACUUUGGAUGGUCUGCCAUUUUACCGAGGAAAUGCGGAGGUAAAAGGGGAGAAAUCUGUAAUAUUUGCAACGGAUCAGGACCUGAGACGGCUGGCUCUGUCAAAAUAUUGGGUAGCGGAUGCCACUUUUGACACUGUGCCAGGGAUUUUCCGUCAGCUCUUCACGAUCCAUGGCAGCAUCGGACCGGAACAUACCCGCACGGUUAAUCUCGUAUAUGUCCUAAUGACAUGCAAGAUGGAAGAACUAUACCGUGAAACCCUGGCGCAGGUGUCGAAUUUUGCUGCCCAAUCGGACAUUGAGCUGGAACCCCGUGUGAUUCUAACGGACUUCGAAAAGGCCAUUCUAAAUGCUUUCGAGCACGAAUUUCCGGAAGCAGAGCGAGUAGGAUGCUUUUUUCAUUUCUCCAAACAUUUAUGGAAAAAGGUCCAAACAUCGGGCCUUAUUCCGUUAUUUGGGAAAAACGGGGAUGCGAUGUACAACGCGUACAAGAGGAUCCAAGCAUUGGCCUUUUUGCCAGCCGCAGACAUACCCAAAGGAUUCUCCUUAGUCGCCAAGCAUACCCCGACAGAAAUGCGAGUAGUUCUUGACUACCUUGAGGAAACGUAUGUCCUGGGUAAGAAGAAACCUGGAACAAGAUCAAAACGAGCGAACCAUUGUACUCUCCUUCGCUGUGGUCGGUGUACCAAAAUGUGGUAGACGACCUGCCUCGUACCACAAAUCAGGUGGAAUCCUGGCAUAGUAGGUGGUCGAAAAUUGUAGGGGCGCACCACGUAAGUACAAGUAAGAUCAUGGAAGUAAUGCAACAGGAGCAGAAAUCUGCAGACGGCCGAGCAUCCGUUUAUCUGGCUGGAGGCGGAGAUGGUAAACGGAAAGAAUUCCAGCAGAAGGAUGAACGCUUAAAAAAAGUGGUUUUGAACUACGAAGGAUAUGAAAUGUUGGAUUAUUUGAAUGCAAUUGCUUCUAAUUUGCAUGUUUAGUUGUUGUGAACUUGUUUUACUCAUAAAUAAAAUGAAAUACUAUUAAAAACUGAAAAUCUUGUUUUUUUAACUUUCAAUAUUACAAUUGUAAUUUUUCUUUAUUUUGAUCUCUCCCAAUCUGUUGUUCAAUUGUUAAGCUCCUAAUAUUUUUCUUUGGUUUUUUUCUUUUCGUGUAGCUGUCACGAAGGUCUUUCAUGCCCAGGAAAGUGGAAAACAUUACCAAUAUGUUCCGUUCUUGCUCCAAAGCUGCUGAAUUGCAAUCCGUUCUGAUGACCAUUCGGCCUAAUGACCAUUCGGCCUAAUGACCAUUCGGCCUAAUGAC